UUACCUGUGACAGGUGUACAGUUGUGUCAUCAUGUCCACCAGCAAUAGAACUGUCCACAAAGCCCGGAUCGCCUUUCAGUCGAGUAAUACAGUGGACUCCAAAGAGCGGGUCGAUUACUACGACAUCUGGGCACACAACUAUGAGGAGGAUCACAACCUGAUGAGCUUCAGAGCACCACACCUGGCUGUGGACUUCCUGUCUGAACACUUCUGUGGGCGUCCUGAGGAAACCCAGGUUCUGGAUGUGGCCUGUGGGACUGGAUGGGUCACUAAACUGAUGACAGAACUGGGCUUCAGGUCCUUUGUGGGAGUGGAUGGCAGUAAAGGCAUGCUGGAGCUUGCCGCUAAAACUGGUCUGUAUCAGGACCUCAAACUGGCCUUACUGGGAACACAACCACUACCUGCACAGACUGGUGUGUUUGAUGUGAUGAUCAUCGUCGGAGUCUGGUGGGAACCAAACACUUCGACAGAUACAUGGAAGACCCACAUCUGGAGUGUGAUGGAGAUGGAGAGGACCAUCAGGAGAAACAGUACAUCAGUGGGACUGUUUACCUGUACAGGAAGUCCAUCAGUGCAAACACUCACUGAGCUUUAAUUAAACUGUGUCAAAUGUCAAAUGAAACUCAAACUUUAAUGCUGAGAACACAUUGUGACUGUUGGUUACACAACUGAAAAUUAAAUAAAA